GGGUGCGCAUUGCAGCAUUCAAAGCACAACACAACCAAAAUCUAAAAACACACAAAGCUACCAUAACCAUGGCUUCCUGUCAACUAAUGGCACCUCAAUCUAGCUCUCCAAAAUCUCAAUCUAGCAGCCAAAUCCAAACACAGGCCGAGAUCUGCAAUAAAAUCACAUACACUUUAACCCUGGAAGGCAAGAAGAUUUGGAAGGGAGAUCAGUCUGAUCUUCCCGAUAAGGCAAAAACAAUCGCGAGAGGCGACAAGGGUACGUUCACGCACCUUGGGUCCGAUGGCGGUUCAUACGGUGCUGUUGUAUACAAAAUACAGAAUGAAAGCAAGAAGUGGGUCGUUGCCUGGAAAAAUCUUAAAGAUAAGAAGAACAAGGUUUAUACUGAGAUCACGGACCAAUCUGUUAAGUGGAAUGAUGUGAAAGACAAGCUUGAUACAGAAGGGAGUGCUGAUUAUGAUACUGAAAACCUUGGAUACAUAGCUGAAGUUAAAAUUGAAGCUGACGGCAAUUCACCGAAUAUGACAGCAUACAUCGAGCCUGACUCGGUAAGUAUGGCUAAAUGAGAGGCUGCUCAAAGCGGCUGUCAAAGUUCAAUAAUAAUGUGAUGCAUCACAAUACUACUAGUAGUAAUAGUACAAUAAAUUUGACAGCCAGUAGA